AAGUAAAAUGGAAAAUAGCACCUUUAGCUGGUGGCUGGAGAUUCUCAUCUUUCAUGUUCAGCUAAUAUCAACAUUUCUUCUCGAAGUGUUCUACUUCAUCUCUCGUUCUAGGCCCCGCAAGGAGCUAAAAAACAACCACAUUCUUAUCACAGGAACCGGACAAGGAAUCGGGAACUUACUUCUGAAAAAGCUAGCACGAGAUGGUAACACCAUUCAUUGUGUGGAUGUGAACGAUAAGUUGAAUGAGAAAGUGAAAGAAGAAUACGGGUCAAGACAGGAUUGCACGGUGCACGUGUACAAAUGUGACGUGAGUGACCCGGAUAGUGUGACCAAGUUAAAGGAAAGUGUGGAUGAAAACAUCGCUGCAGGGGGACAUCUGGAAUACCUCAUCAACAAUGCUGGGAUAGUUUUUGGGAAGCUUUUCUCAGAGACCCCCAUAGAAAGAUAUACCAAAGUUAUGAACGUCAAUGGGCUAGGGCCCAUGCACCUCACCAAAGUGUUUUACCCUGACAUGCUGGAAAAAGGAGGACAUAUCACGAAUGUUGCGUCCAUAGCGGGACUGGGUCCGUGUCCGCGGAUGGUAGACUACGGGGCCUCAAAACACGCCGUUGUGGGGUUCAGCCGGGGUCUGCAGUACGAGCACGACUGCUGUGGGAUCACUAAUGUUAAAGUUACCACCAUAUUCCCUCAUCUUAUGAACACGGGAAUGUUUAACAAUUGUACGGUGAAGCUCAACAGGAUGUUUCCAGCAAUUGAGCCUGAUCACGCUGCUAGCAAGAUAAUUUUGGCGAUCGAGGAAGAGCGAGAAGAAAUGAUGAUUCCUCAAAACGUAGAAAAAUACUUCAUUAUUCAGUAUAUCUACGGUUCGAAGAUGUUCCGUCGACUAGCUAAAAUUUUUGGAAACUUUGAGUACAUGAAAUCUUUCCAGAACAUUCGAGAACAUUAGAAAUAAUUGAUUCAA